AUUGCGCGUCUAUCGGUAUCCUGAGCACGCAGCCGGACGGUCGCAUGGCGGCCAAAGCAGAACAAAUGCGCUGAGUACAUGCCUACGCUGUAUUCCGACAGCCUAUGCAAAGUAAAUACCGUGAUAUUGUUUCGUACUUGUUGUUGUUUCGUGCUAGCCCUCAGCUUUGCAUUGCUUUUACCUCUUACCAAAGGGCGAAGAACUAGUGCAGUAUUCUAUUUGCACCGGAAGGCAUCCAUGAAACUUUCUUCCAAUGUGGCAUCUCUUGGCAGACACUCAAUGGGCUGAUGUACGGCAUUUCGUACCCCUACAACUUGACGGGUAUCCGUUGCGGGGGCACAUGUUGCUCGUUAGUACGGCCGGUACAGCACAUAACAUCUUGCAGCAUCUUGUCUUGUCCUACCAAACUAACUACCGCCAAUGCCCGCGACGCCUAUGGGUACACAGUGUAUCCUGAAGGAUUCUAACCAUUAGGUCCAUUCAAUUAAGUUCCCCUGCCUGAUGUCGUCGCUGGCCUCCAGGGACCGCCAUAGCCGGUGCAGCCGGGGCAGCCGGGGCAGCAAUGCCGUACUUGCGUCGCUAAGGUCAAGGGAGGAGCAGCCCCCAAGAACUAGAUCAUUUAUAUAUAUGCUUUUGGUGGAACUCUGGAAUUCUGCUAACUUAGAGGGUCUUUCCAUUUGCUGGUCGUAAAUUCUCGUAAAUUUGCCUUAGGGCCGGCCGGGCCCGCCGCACCUCCUUUCUUGGGAUUUCUUGCACCAACUGAUGAUAUAUAUGUAAACGAAUGCACACAGCACGACAAGGCAGAUCCGUUGCCAGGCGUCGUCAGGCAUAGUCGAAACACAAAAAAAGACACCCCCAGCGCCUAUGGACACUGGUAUCGGGAAUGGGCGGCAAAGAGGGGUGCAACAAAAGGAGCCAUAUGACCGGUUCUGUCCCGUUACGGAAGGUCGGCAUGGUUGGCUAUUUCAUGGCAUCCUGUACAAGAAACGACCGAGUCCCGUCCCCUGGCGGGUGCAUAAACCCCACGUAUCACAUGCAUAUUUUACACCUUAACAGCAGCAGAUGGUGUCAGGCUGCAAUGUGGCAAUGGAUGCAGCAGCAGCAGCAGCAGCAGCUGCUGCUGCUGACGGCUGCUUCAAGGAAGGAGCACAACAUCUUCUGCAGCGUAUACUACCUGGCGUGCCACGUGCUUCCCCACACAUAGUCGGCGUCGGUGAGCAUCAACAGUGCACAAGUUCACAAGAGGCGUACCCUAUUCGCCACGGCUUUGAGAUAAUUCACCAACUAGGUGUCAAGGUCAAGGGGUGCCGCUUGGUCGUCUGAUUUCUCCAAUAGACCUCUGCCACUUGCAGCUAAGUGGCUGCCAACCUAAUCUGUAUGCUUCCUCAUGAGCUGUGUUUCACUGGUUGCUAGGAAUCAUCUGUGGGUUGUGUCAGUUUCUCCGGGCCGAUCCACGGGAUCAAAUACAGGGGUAUCGGCAGCCCUCUCGGGACCUGCCCCGGCCCCCUCCUCUCCUCCCGGCACACUCCACAGCAUAUAAAUAGCGCAGAUGCACUUCCCUGCUUAUGCAUCGUCGUUUUAUUUCUCUUAAGUUCCGUGGACGCCAAGCUUUAUCGGAAGCAGUGUGUCAUGGAAGGAGAGAUAACCGCCUUAUAAGGACUGUUUUUAGCGCCGGCCCCAAGCUGCAAGGUGCAACAAACCCUGCUGGCAAUCAUUGGCAUUUGCCUUGUGGUGGGCUAUGGGAGGUUCAUAGCAUGAACAAGCUCCGUUUACUGCCUGGUUUCGUUCGGGGACGGCAACCGACGGUGUGCUGACCGACAGCACAUUCCAUGGACAGGACCAAGAACCCAGCCGCAGCUAUCCACGGCAUCUAUGUGUCUGCCUGCAUCAAAAUUUAUAAGGACUUAACGCCCAAAACCUUUCAUGAAAUAAAAGGAGAAGCAAGUCUGCAACACUGACUCUUAAGCUUCACGCCUUCCAAAGGCCCCCCUAAGCCCUCCCAAUGUACAGCUAGACAGUAAUAACAUAAUGGAAAGUCGUUACUCGCUGUCGCGAUAACGACUCUCGGUCUUCAAGACCAUUUCCAGCGGCCACGAUCGGCACCUCCGAUCUGUUUCAAAACCAGUGCUGAAUACAAAGGGACAGGCAUUAAUCCCGCAAUUGCUUUGUUGCAAAUAUAAGAGUUCAAAGAAGUCAGCGUAUUCAGAUCGUGCUUUUCAGGAUGCUUAUGAAUACAUAUGCACGCACACGAGCUAUAGUCUGACAACAGUUCUCAGUACGUUAUCAAAACGGUUUUAUGAGUGUAAGAGUUUUACGAAAUGUACUAGUACCUUCCAAGUUUACGCGGUCCCCGCCCGCUUCUAGAGUCGCCUUCCCAAAUGCCGUACAACGACCGUUCUCGAACUUGCCUACAGGUUUAUAAGCCGGCGUCUCGCAGCCUUGUCCACAAGCUCAUUGCACUGCACUUGAUCAUUUAAUCAGGCUUUCAAUUUUGACUUCACCUUUACAAGACAAAAGGCUUUAUUCUACUUUCAUUCUCUGAGAAUGGGUCGUGAGGCUCCUGCUAUCGGUAUUGAUCUGGGCACCACCUACAGCUGCGUGGGUGUUUGGCAGAAUGACCGUGUGGAGAUUAUUGCGAAUGACCAGGGCAAUCGGACUACUCCUUCCUAUGUCGCCUUUACUGACUCUGAGCGCCUUAUCGGUGAUGCCGCCAAAAAUCAGGUGGCUAUGAACCCAAGGAACACGGUCUUCGAUGCCAAGCGUCUAAUUGGCCGCAAGUUUUCAGACCCCAUCGUCCAGGCGGAUAUUAAGCUUUGGCCCUUCGGUGUCCGCGCUGGGGCUGGGGAUGUGCCCGAGAUUGUGGUGACUUACAAGGGUGAGGAGAAGGUGUUCAAGGCUGAGGAGAUUUCGUCCAUGGUCCUGAUCAAGAUGAAGGAGACCGCCCAGGCCUACCUGGGUGCCGACCGCGAGGUCAAGAAGGCUGUGAUCACUGUGCCAGCGUACUUCAACGAUUCGCAGCGUCAGGCGACCAAGGAUGCCGGUAUGAUUGCUGGCCUUGAGGUGCUCCGUAUCAUCAACGAGCCAACGGCCGCUGCUAUUGCCUACGGCUUGGACAAGAAGGACAGCGGACUUGGUGAGCGCAACGUGCUGAUUUUCGAUCUGGGCGGCGGCACCUUCGAUGUAUCCCUUCUCACAAUUGAGGAGGGUAUCUUCGAGGUGAAGGCUACCGCUGGUGACACCCACUUGGGUGGCGAGGACUUCGACGAGCGUCUGGUGAACCACUUCGCCAACGAGUUCCAGCGCAAGUACAAGAAGGACAUGAAGACGUCUCCUCGUGCUCUGCGCCGCUUGCGCACCGCUUGCGAGCGCGCCAAGCGCACUCUCUCCUCGGCUGCUCAGACUACCAUUGAGCUUGACUCUCUCUUUGAGGGCAUUGACUUCGCCACCUCGAUUACCCGCGCCCGUUUUGAGGAGCUUUGCAUGGAUCUGUUCCGCAAGUGCAUGGACCCAGUUGAGAAGUGCCUGCGUGAUGCAAAGAUGGACAAGAGCACUGUGCACGACGUCGUGCUGGUCGGCGGCUCGACCCGUAUUCCCAAGGUUCAGCAGCUGCUGCAGGACUUCUUCAACGGCAAGGAGUUGAACAAGUCGAUUAACCCCGAUGAGGCCGUUGCAUACGGUGCGGCAGUGCAGGCAGCUAUCCUCACGGGCGAGGGUGGCGAGAAGGUGCAGGAUCUCCUGCUGCUGGAUGUCACCCCCCUCUCCUUGGGUCUGGAGACUGCUGGCGGUGUCAUGACCGUGCUGAUUUCCCGCAACACCACCAUCCCAACCAAGAAGGAGCAGGUCUUCUCGACCUACUCUGACAAUCAGCCAGGUGUGCUCAUUCAGGUGUACGAGGGUGAGCGUGCCCGUACCAAGGACAACAACCUCCUGGGCAAAUUCGAGCUCACAGGCAUUCCGCCGGCACCACGCGGUGUCCCGCAGAUUAACGUUAUUUUUGAUAUCGACGCCAACGGCAUUCUCAAUGUGUCGGCGGAGGAUAAGACGACGGGUAACAAGAACAAGAUUACCAUUACUAACGACAAGGGUCGUCUCUCCAAGGAGGAGAUCGAGCGUAUGGUGCAGGAGGCGGAGAAGUACAAGGCCGACGACGAGCAGUUGAAGAAGAAGGUCGAGGCCAAGAACAGUCUCGAGAACUACGCAUACAACAUGCGCAACACUAUCCGCGAGGACAAGGUUGCCUCGCAGCUUUCGGCAUCGGACAAGGAGACAAUGGAGAAGGCGCUAACGGGUGCCAUGGACUGGUUGGAGCGGAACCAGAUGGCAGAGGUCGAGGAAUUCGAGCACCAGCUGAAGGAGCUCGAGAAUGUCUGCAACCCGAUCAUCACCCGCCUUUAUCAAGGAGGCGCUGGCGGCAUGCCUGGCGGUCCCGCGCCAGGUGCUGGGGCCUCUUCUGGAGGUAGCGGCGCUGGCCCCAAGAUCGAGGAGGUCGACUAAGCGAAUUCGCGCGGAAUAUCUUGCUCGUUGACUGUUAGGGUGAAUUGAUUCGUUAAGUGUGAAUGGCGUGAAGCAGGAUGAAAAUCUCGAGAGUACACCGAAGUCUCUGCUGCCAUAUGGGUGGGCCUAGGUUGUUGUGUGGGCCUGUGAUUCCCGUGAGAGCUAGUGGCGAAGGGUUACUCCUCCUGGGUUACGUCCUUCCUGCACCGGUUCCGUUGGUUCGGUAAAUGAAAGCUCGUCUUUUUUUUAAAGCCUGAUAGGAGUUUGACCUAACGGACAUAAUCUACGGAGACUUAUGCUGUAGCAAUGAAGGUAUCAAUUGAUGCGAGUUCUGCGGCUUGUGCGUCUGGGCGUUGUGCACUGCUUGACCGUUGCUAAUUGCCGCAGCUUAACGGGUUUCGGGUGGAUAUGGGUAUUAUGGGUAGAUAGUUUCAAGCUUAUAUGACAAGGCAGGAUGACAUAACCAUGGUGAUGUAAGUAUUGUGCUUAGUCAGGGUUGUUGGAUAAACCUCGGGAUAUAGAGUAUGCAGUCAACGCACCGUCAACUUGUAGUUAGGUAGGGAAUUGUAGGGAGGAAUGCAUUUCUGAAAUUAAUAUGUUGUCCUGAGUAACAAGCAAGGGACAUCCGUUAGCGAAUGUAAGGUAGUUGUUGCGAAAA